GUGAAGUUGCGUCCCAGUAACGAGAGCUGCCUCGUGUCCCCACAGCACUGCUCUUUAUUUUACUUAAGUUGGCCCACCCUUUUAAAGGCCAUAAAAGCGGGAGAAUGGAUAUGCAUGUAGAUGCUGCACCGCUGCUGUUACAGCCAGAGGGGAAUGGAAGAACAUGAAGGCAAAAUGUGAUGAUGUAAGUUCAGAGAAAAGAUUGAGUUGAGUGAAAGGGGGUGGAUUAUUAUUGAGCUUCAAACGAAGAUUAAGUUUUUUCUUCUUAAAGAUGAAGGGUAUGGUGCAAGAGAAAAAACUUGAGAAGAAAAGAGGGAAACAAAAGGGAUGCAUGGGUGGUUUCUUUCAGAUCUUUGAUACUGGAAAACGCCUUCACACUAUCAAGCGCCUCCCUUCAACGGCGUCUAGAGAAGAGACAUUGGAGCACGAGAAGCACGUCGAGUCACCGGCAACGCCACAAGGCCGAUCAGAACCACCACAGGAUAUUUCGAAGCAAUCUCCGGAACCUUUCAUUACGACAGGAAGCCAGAAAAAGUCACCUCGCCGCAGUCCAAUUUUCGAAUUCAACGAAAAGAACUCGACGUCUCCGUGGAAAUUCUCCAAAGAAGCUCCAAGGCUCUCUCUCGAUAGCAGAGCCGUGGUUGAUGCAACCGGAAGCCUUAAGCCCCGAGAGAUGCGUACGAAUGCCGCCAUUUCAUCUCCGAACCAAUGCGAAAGCAACAGAGAGGAAGACGGAGUAGAUGGAAUCGACAAACAACGACGUUCCCCCAGUGUACUGGCGAGGCUAAUGGGACUUGAGGCGCCAUUACCUGAUUCGGAUCCCGAACCGAAUAAACAAGCGGAGCUCCGAAGAUCGGCGUCGGAAGCAAGAGGCAGAGACCUAUUUCAGUCUCGUUUCAUAGAUGGAGUCAAUUUCCAUUCAAAACAGAGCAAGCAAUCGAAUCUCCUGAACGGAGAUAUUUCCAGCAACGUGGUAACUAAAAAUGGAGCUAAACAAGAGAAAGUAACGAGCAGCGGAUCAGCAGGCUCAAGAAAAGCGAGAGCUGAACCGGUUAAAACUCCGGCUCGAGGAAUGAUUCAACGGAAAAUUUUUUACGAUUCAGUUGAUUUCUUUCCUGAGACAAAACAGAGAGUUUCCAUCUAUGGUGAGAUUGGGAAACGACUUAAACUCCGAGGAAUUGACGAACCAUCCAAAGAUUUCGAGACCGUUAAGCAAUUCCUCGAAGUUUUGCAACUGAAAGGCCUUCUACAUUCUACGAAACCUGAAAACCAAAGUAGUGAUGGGAACUUUGCGUAUGAACAUGAACAAUCUCCGAUUGUUGUUAUUAAACCGGCCGCAAUAAGGAGAACCGACAACGAUUCGCCUCCUUCGAGUUACAGAUCAAGACCUGGAGCUAGCUGGAACUCGAAUCUCGGGUCGUCGCUGACAAUGAGUCCGAGACGUGAUCGACCAGAGAACGUAAGGAACUUACGGAACCAGAGCAGUGUAAGAGGUUCAAUUUCGCCGACGAAGAGUGAGAAUGGCGUCAAGAGACCAAGCGGAAAGCUUUUGAGCAUUGAAGCGCAGAGAGGGAACGACAACGUGGAACAGAGAAGUGUAUCACCGGUUCAGUUCGGUAGAGUAAAUGAGAGGAGAACCAGAUUAGAUCAGACGACGAAUAGAUCACCGGGAAACAGGAAAUCAACGGCUGAUAUUUAUCCUAAAGAAGAUAAGGUAUUUAUUCCACCGGAGGAUGAAACAUCAACAGCAUCAAUAUGUAGCAUUUGUUCAUCUUCUCAAACUGAUACUGAGAGAUCGAAGGUGGAGCCCUACAAGGAAGGGAGAAGCCUCUUAGAAAGGUGUGAUAAGUUGCUCCACAGCAUAGCGGAGAUGACCGCGGCUACAGCUGAGUCGCAACCGAGUCCGAUUUCGGUGCUCGACUCAUCUUUUUACAAAGAUGAGUCGUCUCCCUCCCUUUUCAUGCAACGUAGAAUCGAUUUCAAAGGUUUUGUUGAAUCAGAAGAUGAAGUUUGGAGCCCCGCCAGUGCCAUGUCCUCCGUCGAAUCAAAAUCAUCAGACAUAUCAGACGACUGUGAUUUCAUCUACAUUUCGGAUAUCCUCAGAGCAUCCAACCACUUGCCUGAUGAUGCUGAUAUCUUCUUGUUGCUUGAAAAGCAACAAUAUCUCAAAGGGAAAGACACCUCCAAAGUCUAUAGACUCCAAAGAAAGCUUAUAUUCGACACCAUCAAAGAAAUUCUCAACCGAAAGGGACAACUACCGCCAUGGAAGCUCAAUUCAUGGACUGGACAUGGCACAUCGUUGCAACAAAUUUGGUCCGAGUUCCAAAAGAUUCGAGAUAGGGACUCAUCGGAUGACUUGUUCGAGAUCAUUUGUGGUGUGUUAAGAAAGGACCUUGCAGGGGAUGCCGUUAACGGUUGGGAAGAUUGCCCCAUUGAGAUGUCUGAAGCAGUCCUUUACAUCGAACGGCUAAUAUUUAAAGAUCUGAUUGUCGAAACCAUACGAGGUCUCCUCGAUUUCGCUGGAAGAAGCACUAAAAUCCCAGCAAUUUGUAGAAAGCUAGUGUUCUGAAUAUGGCUAUCAAUUCCAUUCCAGAUUCCCAGUAUCGGUCGGUGCAAAGCUUCUGUUUCGCUUCGAUCGUUCAAUUGUGUUCCAGUCUAUUUCGAUCAAUAAUGAUACGUGCCAACAGGCAACAACUUUGGUCUGAAACUUGACCAUUGCUGGUAAUGAUAAAUCCAGGCUUUCAAGUUGUAGUUUUGUGGUUGUUGGUGAUAACUUAUCAUAUUAGGCUAGGGUCACUGUGUUGUCAAGGUGAGUCCAUUGACCCAGAUUUCAUUCCAAAGGCCAUCUAGAAUUGAAGUGUGAGAUGAACAAAUAACAGCAUAUCGGCAUUGUUCCAAAUCUUCCGAGCUAACGCAUGUACAUCCAAAUCAACAGAAGACGAUA